AUAAUUAUUUCAGAGCUAUUUCAAAUUCAUUGUUUGACUUUGACUUUCGUUUAAUUGUUGCUAUUUGGUACCAAAUUGUUCAACGUUUAUUAUUCGCUUAAAUUAGCUUAUCAAAGAUAAGAAAAAGAGCACGGAUCUUUUCAUACUCAAACCGAAUUCAUGGCGGAUUCAUUGUUGAUUGAUCAGCGAGGUUGUGAGCGCGCGAUUCUUUGUUGUUUGUAAUUAAGUGUUGCCUUUUUUCUGGCUCGGGGAACCCAUGUUAUCCGAUUCAAUCAAUAAUCAAUUGUUUCGCAAUCUAUACAAAUUGAACCCGAUAUCAAGUCUAUUUGCGGUUGAAACAACACAAUCAUUUUUACGAUCGGCGUGUUAACAUUUCGGCAAUUAAAUGAAAGACGAAGAAAGAACACCAGUAAUUGUAUAUAAAUUCCAGUGGUUAUAGUUUUAGAUAUCGUUCAACAAAUAUUUUUCGAUUCCAUUUCAAUGAAUCACUUCACCUAGUUUGAUCAGAUCUACAAAAAUAAUCAGUUAAUCGUAUCAUUACGUGACAAAUUUGAUCUGUGCCAAUAUGUAUUAAACUGAAGUAAGCCGAUUUAUUAUCACUGAAAGAAAGUCUAUUAUUAUUGAAGAGUUUUCGUCCCAAAAGUACAAAAUCUAUUGUUGCACAAAGAAAAUCUGUAACCUAAUUUUUAUCUUGAAACUUAUUUAACUGAAGAACGAUAUCUUUUGAAACGGCUCCAAAUGAUUAAAUGUUAAUCAGAACAAGGACGAUUGGCAAACGUAAAAAUAUCAUCAGUAUCAAUUGUGAAGUGAAUUUGUGAAAGUGCAGUAAAAAUAUGAAAUCGAAUUGGAUUGUAUUGAUAAUUGUUGUGUUGUGUGCAUCAUCGACACUAGCAACACUGGCCACCAGUCAAGGUCAAGAGAGUACUCGAAUUCAAGUACUUUCGUAUUCAGCCAAGGAAUCAACAAAUGUGUGUGAUAAUGAUACUUCAUCAUCGUCGUCAAUGGAUGAGUUCCCGGAAGAUUUUUUCACAGAUGAGCAACGUUUGCGUGGUGCAAUCGUCUUACACAUAGCAGCGGCCGUGUACUUUUUUACAUUGUUGGCGGUUGUGUGCAAUGAUUACUUUUUGCCAUCGGUCGAAUGCAUUUGUGAGGAUCUCAGUAUACCAAAGGAUUUGGCAGCAGCAACAUUCAUGGCAGUUGCAACAACAACGCCCGAGUUCUUUACGAAUGUAAUCAGUACAUUCAUUACCGAAUCGGACAUUGGUCUCGGUACAAUAAUUGGCUCAUUGAUGUUCAAUACAUUGGGAGUUGCAGCCGUUGCUUCGCUUGCAGCAUCGAAACCCGUUCAGUUAGAUUGGUGGCCAAUUACACGUGACACAAUACUGUACAGUUUCAACAUUGUGAUAUUGUUCGUAUUUGCAUGGGAUAAUCAAAUCACAUUAAGUGAGACCAUUACAAUGGUUAUCUUGUUUUUCGUCUAUUUUGUGAUACUAUUUCAAAAUAAGCGUAUAAUGCCAUGGGUGAAAUGGUUUCUCGAGCACUAUUUAAAUUGUUGCCAAGUUAGCAGCUACGAUUUGCCGUCGUCGUUCAUGGAGAAGAAUUUCCGAAAUGUGAUUGUGGUAACUCAGCAACCGUGCGAAACGAAAACCGAUGCUCAGACCGACAAAUCGCCAGUGACAGCAAUUCGAAAAAAGGCCGAAAAAUUGGAACGAACUUUAUCAAAGUCAUCGAUCGACAACAAUCCGAUUUUUAUGAUUUAUACGAAAUGCGAAACGGUUGAGAAUGUGAAUAAAGUUCGUAAAAGUCUAUGGCGAGUACCGCUUGCAAAUCGCUUAAAAACAUUAUGGUGGAUUUAUACUUGGCCAAUAAAAUUCAUUCUCACCAUUUCCAUACCGAAUCCAAAAACAUAUCGACGCCUAUAUCCAGUUACGUUUGUGAUGUGCAUCUUGUGGAUCGGUCUGAAUGCGUACAUGAUUGUUUGGAUGCUUACUGUUAUCGGUUUUACAUUUAAAAUUCCAGAUGCCGUGAUGGGUUUGACAUUUUUGGCAGCCGGUGGUUGUUUACCCGAAGGUAUAUCGAGUGUAUUAAUGAUUCGAAAAAAUGAAGGCGGUGUGGGGGUAUCGAAUUCACUGGGCGCCAAUUCAUUGGCCAUUUUAAUGUCACUUGGCAUACCAUGGCUUAUCAAAAAUGUUCUACAUCGAAACAGUCCCGAUAAACAAUCGAUUCUACUCAAUCCAAACAGCACCGAAUACAACAUUCUAUUGCUUUUACUUGCCGUUAUUUCAUUGUAUGUUGUACUUACACUGUCUAAAUAUCGUCUGAAACGAUCUGUUGGUAUCUCACUCAUUAGUGUUUACAUGGUUUGCAUUACAUUUGGCAUUCUACUGGAAAUGAAUGUAUUUAGUUCAACAGCAAGUUGUUCAUAACCUCUUAGAUAUAAUAGAUAUACAAUUUU